AUGUUUGAGAAAAUAUUAGAAAAAGUAUUGAUUUAAUAUUUUGGGAAGUUCAUCAGUGGACUAGAUAAAAAUAAUUUAAAAUUAGGAGUAUGGAGUGGAAAUAUGGUUAUAGAAAAUGUGAAUCUAAAAGCAGAUAUUAUUGAAAUGUUGGAAUUACCAAUACAAUUAAGCAAAAGCAGUAUUGGAAGAUUAACAAUUAAAAUUCCUUGGAAAAAAAUUACUAGCGCACCUGUUGAAAUCACAAUUGAGAAUGUUUUUGUUACAUUAAUUCCGCUAUCUGAAUGGCAUUUUGAUGAUAAUAGAGUCUUGUUGAAAAAAAUGGAGGCUUUAACAAGUUACUGUUAGAAGUGUUUGAAAAGAGGUAUUAAGAAAAAGAAAAGUGAAUAAAAAGAUAAGGGUUAUUUAGAUAAAAUGGCUUUAAAAAUUAUGGAUAAUAUUUAACUUAAAAUUAUUAAUAUCCAUAUUCGAUAUGAGGCAAUGUACAACUGGGGUAUAACUUUAGAGAUACUUGAUAUUUUUACAACAAAUUAAUAUUGGCAGAGAAGUUAUAUAGAUAGGUCAGAAAUACAAAAUGCUAGUAUGAAUAAGUUAUUUUAAUUGAAAAAUUUAGCCAUUUAUUGGAAUAUUUAAAGUGAGCGUUAAACAGAUAAUUAGUUAGUGGAAUAUAAUAAAUUUAUGGAAGAAAGAAUUUUAAAAUAAAACUUAGAAGCAAAAGAGCAUUGUUAAUUUAUAAUAGUAAUUAAUGCAGAAAUGAAAGUAAUUUAAAAUGAAGCAAACUCUUAAGAAGCAUUAAAAGAUAUGAAACUAUAUCUAGACGAAAUAAAUCUAAUCGUUCAAUAGAUGCAAUUUUAACAGUUUGUACAUUUUUUUGAGUAAUGUUCUACAUAUUCAAAAGUAUUAUGGUUACAAAGAAAAAAAUAACUAAGUUAAGUUUCAGAAGCAAAUUAGUUUUAAUAAAAGUUUGUUAUUUUAUUUCCUCUCGUGUAAUAGCAUGGUAUUGAUCAUUUAGAGCAACAAGAAAAGGAAAUUUUUUUUUAAAUUAUAAGAGUUGUAGAUUAUAAUUUAUUACUAGAUUGGGUCUAAAUCUCUGCCAGAUCACUAAUUAAAGAAGCUAGGAUUACAAAGGCUACAACAGAUAAAAUAAAAAAAGAAACAGCAUGGUGGAAAUCUGAUAAAAAAUAAGCUUAAGAAAUCUUUCUUAAUGAAGAAGAGAUUGUAGCAAUAAAUAAGUCAAUUGAUUAAAUAUUUUAAGAGGAAAGAUAGAAGGUAAUGAAUAGGCCUGACGAAGCUUUAGAAUAUUAAUUUUCAUUUCAAUUAAACAAGGGAAGACUAAAGAUUGAUAAUUAAGGAGAUGGAUUAUAAAUAACCUUUUAAGGAAUGUAAUGCUCAUCAGAAACAAGGGUCAAUUAGAGUUUCGAUGUGAUUUUUAAAUUGCAAAGUUUAAAUCUUGAUUUAAUAAUUAAAGAUGAUACAUUACCUUUUUGCUAUAAAUAACAUGAAAUGAAUAAAAUUGAUUAGUUUUUGAAAAUUCACUUUAAAAAAAAUCCUAAAAAUUUUGAAGAGGAUGCAUCAAUGAUGAUUUAAGUAGAACCUAUAGAAUGUAAAUAUAACAAUGAUAUAAUACGUAAAUGGAAUAAUUUUUUUAAUAUUGAGGGUAUUUUAGAGAAUGUGGUUCAGAUAGCAGCAUAAGAAAAAUUAAAUUAAGUAGGUAAUCAAACAGCAGCCAGACUUGAUUAAGUAAUGAACAGUUAAUAUAGGUUAGAAUUAUUUGUUCUCAUAGCAAGCCCUAGAAUCAUUUUAAAUAAUAUUAUUUUUGAUUUAGGCAACCUUAGUAUUCAAAGUGAAAAAGAUUCAAAAUACUAUGAUUAUUAUACACUUUCAAUAACAAAUCUCAAUUUAAAGUCAAAUUAAUUAGAUAUACUGUAAAAGUUAUCUUUAUAAUUUUCUAUUGAGAGAAUGAAAGGAGCUUUAGAGCAUCCUGAUAAACCAAGACUAAUUUUAAGUGGUAUUGUGCCCCCUGUUUCAAUUACUUUAACUGAAGAAAUUUAGAAGGAAAUAUCAACUAUAGACAAAUAAAUUUUUCCUGAAAAGAGUGAAGAAGAGAAAUUAAAAAAACUAACAAAAGAGAAAUAAUAGAUUGUAAAAAAUUCAAAAUAUAAAGGAGAAAUGACAAGGAAAAUAAAUUAUUUAUGGACAAAGAGAUUUGCUAUUGUUUCAGGAUCUUAUUUAUAUUGUUAUCAAAAAGAACAUGACUUAAAAUGGGAAGAUAGAAUUUUAUUGAAAGGAGCUACUUUAAUAGAAAAUUAAGAAUGCAUGAUUCUGUAGAACAAUCAAAACUGGUAUUUGAAAAUAGAUGAGAAGUUGUCAAAAGAGCUGACAAAUAUUUUAGAUGAAUUUAAAGAAGACGGAAGUUUUUAAAUGAAUUAAAUGGAUUAAUCUUUAAUGUAAGUUUAAUUAAAAUUAUCCCUCUUUAAUUUAAAUUUAAUUAAAGCUAAUCAAUGUCUUUACUCUCUCAAACUAGAAGAUGUAUAUUAUAAAUCUCAUAAAUAAACAAAUAAAUUUAAUAAUACAAUAAUAUUGGGAGAUCUUGAAAUUAUAGACCUAGUUUAUAAAUUUGAAAAUGCUGACCUUUAAUAUUUAAUUAGAAAAGAACCAAAAUUUAAGGAUGCGUUUCUUACAAUAGAAAAUGAAAUCUUACAUAAUUGUUCAUAAACAACUUUAAAUAUUGGACAGUUUAUUUUAAACUGGAAACCUGACAGUUACUUAUCCUUUUAAUAAUUAAGAAAACUAGGGACUUAAGCUUUCGGUAUUGAUGCAAUAAAUUUAGAGGAUGAGGAAGCAUCCUUAGUUUUAUAGGGAGAAUCAAGUGAUUCAAUUUUUCAGCAUAAGUUAGAUUAAUUAUUGAACUAAUAAACAAAAAGAUGUUAUAAUAAUGAAUUUUCAAAACAUAUAAACAUGUUAAUAUCUAAAUAAGCUGUUGAAAAGAAUAUUACUUAAAUAAAGGAAUUUUUUAAUAGUUUUUCUAUUGAAUCUGUGUAAAAAAUAGCCUUAAAAAUAGAAUAAGCAUAAGUAAAUUUAAUACAUAGAUAAUCACAUAUUCAAUUAGGGUAUAUUAAAGUUGAUGAUUUAACACACGAAGUAGAGUUCACUUAAAACUGUAAAUUUAUGAUGGGAAAAUUAGCAUAGUUAAAAGUUUUCGAUAUAACAAAUUACCCUUUUACAUUAAAAUAAAUUAAUCCAAUUGAAAUUGUUAACCUAAAUCAAAUUUCUUAUGAAUAUGCUAAUUAUAAUAAAGACUAUUUGAUAGAUUAAAAUGAGAUUACAACUACAUUUAGCAUUUUCUCAAUUAAUAAUGCUAUUUUUGAAUAUUAACAUCAACAAAUAAAUAGAUUUUAAAAUUAUUUAUUCAUUUAAAUAAUUUAACUUAUUUAGAAUCCUUCUUAAGUGAUUAUGAAUGAUGGAAAAGAAAAAUCUAAACUUGUUUGCGGUACUAUAGAAUAAUUGUUUAAUUCUUUUAUGAAUCCUUAAUUUAUGAAAUCGAAAUAUGAAUUGAAGAAUGUAACAAUAAAUAUCAGAAAGUAAUAUUAAGAUAUGGAUAAAAUAUCUUUUAUUAUUAAUAAUUUAACUUAUUCAAAUUCUUAAAUUUAAGAACCAGAAAGAUAAAAUAAUACAAGCGAAAAGUUACCAAUUUGGGUAGAUGAAGGAACUUUAGUAAUAAAUAAUAUUGAAUUAGCAAUCAACGAUUUAAUUAAAUCUAAAAAAAAUAAUUUUAAGCUCACUUAAUAUAAAUUAAUAUUUGAAAAUGAAAUGAAACAAUUAUUUUGUUUAAAUAUUAGAAAUAACUAUGAAAUCAAGAGCUACAUGCCAGAAUUAGAGGUUGAAUUAACUAAAAAGGAUUUUUUACUCUUGAUAACAAUUUUAUCUUUUAAUUUGUUAACUAAUGAUUAACAAGAUUAAUUAUUUAUCCAUGAUUAUCAUAUAUACUCAAAAUUUAAUCCUGUAGAGAUAAGAGCAUUAUUUUAUUUUUAAAAUUUUACUCUAAAAAUUAUAGAUUAAGGGAUUAAAAUGUAAUUUAAAUCAACAUAAAUUGAGGCAUUUCUUACAUAAAAUUAAAAUAAAAUUAUUAAUAUGUAUUGUUAAAAAUUUGUUAUCGAUUAACUUAAUAAUUUUCUUGUCGGAAGUUAGGAGGAUCAAAACAAUUAAUAAGAAAUUAUUUUACAAUUUUAUUAGCCUUACGAAUAUUUAACAGAAACUUCAUUUAAAAAGCAAGGCAGAUAAUAAACUCCAGGUUUUGAAUGUAAAAUAGAUUAUAUCAUAUCAACCAAUUCAAAAGAACUUAUAGUUGAUUUUGAAAAUACUAUAUGUUUUGCUUAUAGCGAAGCUUUAUUACAGAUUUUAAAUUUUAUAGAGUUAGAUGAUAAUUGUUUUCCACCUGAGGAAUUGAUGAUUUUUAAAAAAUAAAUUACAGUGAUAAAUUGGAGAGGUAUUAUUGUCUAUCCAAAUGAAAAUGCAAGAGAGAAUCUUGUUUAAAGAGGGGGUAUAAAUUUUAUUUUAGAAAAAACUAAAAAUAGCAUAUCUCAUAAACUAACGAUCACUAAUUUGGAAGUAUUUUUAUGUCCACAAAACGAAUUACUAGAGUAUAGUUUUGAUGAUGUAGCAAAAAGACAUAUAGUGUUGCCUAUGUUUGCAUUUAUAGGAUUAAAUCAAUAAGAGAAUCAAGCAUAACUUGAUUUUUCGAUAGAUAAUUUAAAUAUUCAAAUUUCAUAUGAAGAUCUUACACCUAUUUUUGCGACAUAUUUAUUCUAAAAAAAAUAAUUUGAAAAGCAAUAAGCAACGAAAUAACAUAAAUAAAAUGAAGAUAACUUAGUAUUAGCUAAUGUCUAAAUUUAUUAAGCUGAAAUGGUUUUAGUAUCUUUUAAUGAAAGUCCUGUGCCAUUAUUUUAAUUUAUUAUUAAAGAUUAUCAAAUGAGUUUUACAAAAAGAAGGAAAUAUAUUAUGAAUUGGCAAACAAUAUUUUAAGCUCAAUUUUUUAAUCUUGAUAUUGGUGCUUGGGAACCUUUCAUUGAACCUUUAGUUAUUCUAAGCGAUCAUUCAAAAGAUGAUAAAGGUAAUCCUUAGGACUUUACUUCAAUUGUUGUAAAUGAAUCAAGUGAAUUACCAAUGAAUAUCAAUUUUACAAAAGAAAACAUUAAAUAAUUGAUAGAAUUGUAAAAAAGAUGGGAGUAGUCAAUAAAAAAUGUUGAAUCGAGCAUUCAAAUAAAAUAGCGUUCUCCUUCUAGAAUUUCUAGGAAUAGUUCUAUAGUAUAAUCUGCUAUUGAAAAAGUUGUUUGUAUGUCUCCAUAUAUAAUUGAUAAUCAAACUGGAUUUGAAAUAGAAUUAACUAUAAUUAAUAAGACAUAAAAAAAAAUGGAUACAGUAAUUGUUUCAGCAAAUUAGUAAUAUGGAUUAAAAUAUGCAGAUAAAUUGGAAAAAAGAGUGUUUUCAAUUUUUAUAAGAUCUCCUCAAUUUCAAUUCAAAGAAAUCAAUAAUUUAACUUUUUCAAAAAAUAAAGAUGAAUCAAAAUUGAUUGAAUACAAGAUAGGAAUGCUUAAUAAACAAACCUAAGUUUUAAUUAGAUUAUAGACUUUAGAUUAAUAAAAAAUAAUGACUAUUAGUUCAAAUAUAUUAUUUCUUAAUAAUAGUGAAUAAAAUGUAGAAAUCAAGUUGGCAAAUAAACUAACAUAAUAAUAUUUAAAUUUAAUUGUAUAAAAUAAUGAUUAAAAAUACAUUCCAUUAGGAUAUGAAUAAUCAUUAUUAUAAAUUAAAUAUUCAAAUGAAGGAGUUUGGUCUUAAGCAAUGGAUAUUUAAAAACUUAUAAUAAAAAAUGGCAAUUAUAAUUUAUUUAUUAAUACUCCUUGUUUAAUUUUACGAGUUAAUCAACCUGCUUUGACAACUUUACCAUUAGAAAUUAAAUUUGUUUGCCCUUUUGCCAUUAGAAACUUAUUACUUUUGCCUAUUGAUAUUUGUUUUAGUAUUGAGGAUCUUUUUAGAAUAUAGCCAGGUCAAAUUUUAAAGAUAUCAAAUUCAUAAUUAAGCAAAGGCUUAAAAUUUAAAAUUAAAUUACCAGGAUUUUAAAGAUCUGAAUAUAUAGAAAUAAAUGAUAAAUUCUCAUAAUCUAAGAAUUUUGUAAUUAGAGAUUUUCUUGGUUUAGAAUUAAUUCUUGAAUUAAUUCCUUUAUAAGAUGGAGACGGAUUAAUUACAAUUGGAGUAGAUGGAGGAUUAACGAUAUAGAAUUCAUUAGGAUUAGAUAUUUUUUUUUAUACACUUAAUUAAUAGAAAUAAUUGAUUUACCAACCUGGUUAACCAAUAUUUUAAAUAACUGAUUAAAAUGAUGAUAAAUUAAGAGAGGAUGGAUGCUUAUAAAUUGUUAAUUCUAUUGAUAAUUUAGUUGUUACUUUUGAAGAAUGCAAUCAAGAAUAAAUAGCCAAAUAAUUAUCUUAGCCUAUUGAUACAAAAAUAAAUGGAUCAUUUCUAGUUUAGAUUCCAAGAGAAAAUGGUUAUAUGGAUGUCAUAAUUGAUGUUUAGACAAUCAUAGUGCACAAUAUAAGUUAAAAAAAAAUAAUUAACCUAAAUCCCAGAAUUGUUAUUGUUAAUAAAUUAAAAACAAAUCUUACUAUAUUUUAAGAUCGUUGUAAUUAAGAAAUGUUUUUAAUGCCUAACGCUAGAUUUCCAUAUUUUUGGAGAAAAACUUAAGGCUCAAAAUUUUUAAAAUUUAAGAUAAAAGAUUUAUGUAGUGGAGCGAUCUCAGAUGGAAUGUAAGGUAAUAUUGCUUUGCCUUUAAGAAAUUCUAAAGGGUAGUUGAUGGAUUAUUUAAGUAUAAAUUGUAUGGAAGGGGAUAAAAUUAAAUAUAUAAUAGUACAAGAAUGUACUCAAAAACCACUCUAUAAAAUAAUUAAUAAAUUAAAAUAUGAUAUUUGUUUUUAUCAAACUGAAAUUUAGGAAUUGAAUGAAUUUAUCAAAACAAAUCUACCAAAUGGAGGUAGUGUUGAUUAUUCCUUAGAUAAUCCUGGCUAUCAUAGAACGAUUACUUUAGAAUUAUAUCAAAAUGGAUAAUUCUCUGAUUUUGUGAAAGUUGAAUUAGUUAAUUCGGAUCAAACCCGUUAAUAUAAGAUGGCUGAUGAUGAAAUUUUCUAUUUAAAUACUUAAUUUUCAUUAGAUUAAAGAUAAAUGAUAGUCAUUAUUUCAAAUAAUGAGAUACUUAAAAAAAAAUUGAAUUACGAUAAUAUUCUCACUUAAUUUAGUGUUCUAAUACCUAAAUUGAAUAUAUCAAUUAUAAAUUCUCAUCCAAGAGAAGAAUUGCUUAAUAUUUCUAUUUAGAAAAUAGAAUUUAUUUAAAUUACUGAUGUAUUGGAAACUAUAUAAAUGAAAAUUUAAGAUUUAUAAAUAGAUAAUAAUUAAUAUUUUCGCUGCACAUAUCCAGUUUUUGUUACAUAAUAAAAUGAAAAAUAAAAUAUUCCAUUUAUGAAUGCUUUGUUAAAAAGGGCACAUCAAAUAAAUUUUAUUAAUUAUUUUGAAACAGUUAAAUUAGCUAUUCAACCUAUUUCUGUUAAAAUAACUGAAGGAACUUUUUGUGAAUUGGAAAGUUACCUAAAAUCUUUAAAAUGGAUUGAAGAAUAAAAUAUGAAAGAAUUACGAAUAUGGUAAAAAGAAAUAAGUUUAAAACAAUAAUUAUGUUUUUUUGAUAAUUUAUAAUUUUAUCCUCUAAAAUUAAAACUUUCAUUUUAGAAAGUUGAAAAAAAAAAUAACAAAGAAUAUUUCAAAUCAGCUGCUAAUUAAGCUAUCAAUUGUGAUGAAGUAGGCAUGACAAUUAAAGGUUAUGCAAUGAGCAAUUGUUUUACCACUUGGGAGUAAUUGUAAAAUAAAAUGUUAUAAAAUUAUAAAGACACUAUAUUUUCAAAUUUAUAUAAGUUGGCAGGUUCAAUUGAUUUAUUGGGGAAUCCAAUAGGAUUGAUUGAAAAUGUUUAGGAAGGUUUCCAAGAUUUAUUUGAGAUGCCUUAUGAUGGAUUUGUUUAAGGACCUUUAGAAGGAGGUUUAGGAAUAGUCAAAGGAGUAGGAUCAUUAACAAAAGGUGUAGUUUCUGGUACAUUUAAUUCUGUUAGCAAAAUAACUGGAAGUGUAGCCUCAGGUAUAUCAUAAUUAUCAAUGGAUGAUGAGUAUUUGUAAUAAAGAUAAUUAUAAAAUGCAAAAAAGGCUAAAACAGUUGUUCAUGGUCUUGGAUAUGGGAUGGUAAGUCUUUUUUCAGGAGUUGGUUAUGGUAUAGCUGGACUUGUUACUCAACCUUAUUAGGGAGCUGAAAAAGAAGGAGUAGGAGGUUUUUUUAAGGGAGUUUCAAAAGGAUUAGCAGGUUUAGUAAUCAAACCGGUUACAGGAGCUUUGGAUUUAGUUAGUAAAACUACAGAAGGAGUAAAAAAUACAGCUAAUUUUUUCGAUGAAAAGCCAAAUGAAACAAGAAAAAGACUUCCUAGAAUAUUUUAUGGGGAAGAACUUAUUUUAAGAAAUUUUAUGCUAUAAGAUUCAGAGAUUAUGUAUAUAUUAGAUAGUAAUAUUAUUAAUAUAUUAUUUUAGAGUUAAUUCCUGCAUAAAUUUUAAUUGACACAUUUGUAUUUAUGAUUACUAAAUAUAAGUUUGCUUAUGUACUGACAACUAAACAAUUUAUAUUACUAGAAAUUUUUAAAAAAUAGGUUUUAAUUGCUUUUAAUAAUGACAAUUUAAAAGCAUUUGAAUCUGAAUAAAAAGAAUUUAAGAUCUAUCUUUACAAUUCUAAAAUAAUAUAUAAAGAAAGAGCAAAAGUUAAGGCUUCAAUAGAAUUCAAGAAAGAAUGCUUAAUAAUAAAGUAAUCAGAUGAAACAAUACAUCAAUUUUUGAAUUAGAAGUUUAAAUAAAUUCUUCAUUUAUUAUAUGAUGUUUGA